ACGAGUUUUUAAUCAAUUUUAAAUUAAAUUUAUUUUCACAAACAUAUAAAUCGAAUUCAACGUGGUUUGCUAAAUGUUUGUUUGUUUUUCAUUUCUCUGAGUGAGAUCACAAAUGGAAAAAAGUAAAUCGACAAAUACAAGUUCGGAAAAGCUACCAAAAUAUCCGAUUGCGACUGGUCAAAUAUUGGAUGGACGUUUUUUAAUCGAAAGACAUUUUAAUACGGAAAUAUUUAGCAAUUAUUAUCUUGGAACAUAUCAUGAUUCGGAUCGUACACGAUGGAUUUUUAUCAAAAUGAAACAUAAUCAAGAUUCAAAUGAUAUUGAUAUGAUUCGAUGGGAAUAUAAAGUUUAUAAAUCAUUGGAAACAUCAGCAGGAAUGUUACGUGUUCCACAACCGUUAUAUUUUGGAUCAAUUUUAACCUAUGAAGCAAUCGUUUUGGAAUUAUUGGGACCAAGUUUAUUGGAUAUGUGGAAUAAAUGUGAUCAACGUUUAUCGAUUCGUGCUUUGGCACAGAUUGGCUAUCAAUUGAUAUGUUUGAUGAAAUAUUUUCAUGAUCGUGGAUUUGUUUAUCGAAACAUAAGACCAGAACAUUUUCUUUAUGGUGUAACCGGUUCAGAAAAAUGGAUGUGGAUGUAUGCUAUUGAUUUGAAAUGGUGUAAAACUUAUUCCAAUGAACAACAAUCGCACAUAAAAAUGGAACAGGCAAAUGGUCCAUUACAAAUUGGCACUCAUAUUCGCUAUAUGUCAAUCAAUGCACAUCGUGGUGUCGAACAAAGUCGUCGUGAUGAUCUUGAAUCGAUUGGUUAUUUACUAACAUAUUUAUUUUGCAGAAAACUUCCAUGGAUGGAAUUGGAAAAUAUUGUCGAUCGAAAUGAAUGUCAUAGACGUAUUGCCGAAUGUAAAGAAAAAUCAUUAUCAACAAUUUGUCAACGUAUGUUGCACGAAUUUGAACAAUAUUUGAUGACCGUAAGAAAAUUGUCAUUCGAUGAAAAACCAAAUUAUCAAAAUCUAGGUGAAUUGUUUCUAAAUGUUCAACGAUCCAUUGGAUUUGAAUCGAAAUUUGAUCUUUAUGAUUGGAAUAUAUUUCAUCGGCCAAAAAAUUAACAAUUUUUUUUUAAACAACAGAUGACGCUCGAUCGUCAACUGGCUUUUAUUUUGG